UCUCUCUACACCAAAAAUAACCAGGCAGUAGUUCGGUAAGACAUAACGUAUCUCGCAUGAGGUUUUAGUCGGCAGACAGCUAGGGGCUGUAUAUACGUCAUUUUCCCCUCCUGCAAGAGACACCCCGCGUUUGAGGAGUAAAAGCUGGAAAGCGGGAUACGAAUGGGCGUGGCACUGCCGUUCCUUUUGUUCGUUUAGUCUUGUUUGUUUGUUUUUGAAGCUGAUAUGGGUUGUACGAGGAACCGUACUGAUUAUGGGUAUACAUACCUAUGGAAGGGAGAGGGACUGAUUGAAUGGGAGAGAGAGAUGAGAGAGAUCUUGUUAAUUUCAUUCAGUUAUUACCGCCCUUAUCUUCUUUGCUUAUUUGACUGGUUUCUUUUGCUUUUGUUUGUCCUUUGUUGUUUUCUGUAUGUUCUUGUUUUUACUUUUUUGCUGCAUAUAUGGCAGGUGAUGCUUGAAAUUCAGUGCACGAGGUCAGCCAACUGGUGUAUGAUUGGCUUGAAUAUCCGGGUCAGUGCAUCGCCUAGAAUUCUAGUGGACCUGUUAUCAACUGGUAAUAUUGACAGGGCUUAUUAGUUUCAUGGGGAUUAGUGUUUGAGCUUUCGUUAAUUGAAACCUCGACAGAUUCAGCAUUGUAUCAACCCUGUUGCUGUAUCUUUCUCUCAUGGAUAGCGUGAA